CCUCGAUCCAUCUUUCAAUACUACUCCUCUUAGUAGCCCUGUUUAUCAAUAACACCAACACUGCCAUCGUCAACGACAUCACACCCAUUCAAUCUCCACCACGACCCUCAAGAGCUACAGCGAGCUACCCAGCCAUCUACUGCCUGCGUCCGCUACGCCCGUCACAAUGGGCAUCGACUACCUGCGAGCUCGCAUCACACCACUCUUGGCCACGUCCACCAACACACCCCUCCCAAGCACCCAUCCCUCCGUCCCCUUCCCCAAAGAGCGCCAAGGCUCACCAAUGGUCAAGAAGCACGAGCACAUGUACGGGCGUGACGACCCGUACCGCGAGCACGACAUGCCCUCCAAACCAGUGCGCGAGCGGGACAUCAUGCGGGAGCGCGAGCGGGACGCCAUCAAAGAGCGCGAGCGGGAGGCGCGAGACCGCGAGAGGCGACAGCGCGAGCGCGACGCCCAGCGCGAGCGCGACGCCCAGCGCGAGCAGGAGCGGCGCGAGGCCGAGGCAAAGGCUAAGGCGGAGCAGGAGCGGGCGGCGCGCGACAAAGACCCAGAACCAAAGAAGCGCGAGCACACACGUCCGCCCACUGUCAUCGUCGACCGCGAGAAGGGCGCUUCGUACCGCCGCAUCGGCUUUCUCGGCGAGGGCGGGUUUGCGCGGGUAUACGAGGUUGUCGAUGACGCACACGACCGCAAGGCUGUCAAGGUCGUCAAUAAGAGCAAUAUCAAGACGAAGCGCAACAAGACCAAGCUCUGGGCCGAGAUCAAGCUUCACCAGAUGCUCAAGCAUCCCAACAUUGUGCGAUUUGACGAGUGCUUCGAAGACAGCGACAACGUAUACAUGGUACUGGAGUUGUGCGACCACGGGUCGAUGAUGGACCUGCUGCGUAGACGCAAGCGCUACACCGAGCCCGAGGCACGUUUCUACCUCGUCCAGCUCAUCGGCGCCUGUCAAUACAUGCAGGACAUGAACGUCAUCCACCGUGACCUCAAGCUCGGCAACCUAUUCCUCGACAAGAACAUGAACGUCAAGGUCGGCGACUUUGGCCUCGCCGCCCUUAUUGAAAACCCAGGGGACCGCAAGAAGACUAUUUGCGGGACGCCCAACUACAUCGCCCCCGAGGUAUUGUUUGACACGGCCAACGGCCACUCAUUCGAGGUCGACGUGUGGUCUGUGGGAGUGAUUCUUUACACGCUUCUCAUCGGCAAGCCCCCAUUCCAGACAAAGGAAGUCAAGGCCAUCUACCGCCGUAUUCGCGAGAACAGAUAUGAGUUCCCCGAGGACAAGGAGAUCUCAGCUUCCGCUCAGAAUCUGAUCAUGUCCAUUCUCAACAGGGAUCCAUUGGAGCGUCCGACGCUCGACGAGAUCCUUGAACACUCGUGGUUCCACGACGGUCCCUUCCCCUCCCACGUGCCGGUGUCUGCGAAUGAUGGGCCUCCCGACUUCUUCAAUCUCAACGCCGCGCAGAGCCGCCGCAACUUCGACAACGUGCAUCGCCGCGCGGCGGGCCAGACAGAGACCGCCACUCCCCCUCAACCCCCACGCGUCGAGGCGCUCGGUACAUCCAUCCUCGCUCAGCAGCGCGACUUCAAGGCUGCCGUCGAGCCAGGGAGCCCCAUUUCCGCUCUACUCAACUCGGCACGCCAGCCGCUCGUCCAAGCGCCUGCAGGAACGAAGAACAGCGCGCUGCUGCGCAAGCUCAACGAAGCCGGGGCGGCGAGCACCCUCAGUCCCGGGCGCCGCGGGACAGGCCAGCGCGUCCCAGCCUCCGUAUCUGGCCCUGCGCCUUCUUCCCGACCACCAGCGAUGGACAACGUCGCCGAAGAUGCCGAGGAGGAGGAAGACGAGGGCGUCGACCCCGGACCGGAGACACCCGAGCGGCCAGGAAGUGGCCGCGAGCUCGCGCAGCAGAAGGCGCGCAUCGUGUCCGAGAUGGCGCAGAUGCGCAUCACCGACUCGGACAGGGGUUCCGACAAGGAGCCACCACGAAAGGUGCUGAGCGAGGCGUCGGUGCAGCCCUCAUCGUCUCUUCCCGUGAUCAGGGUCGCGACGAGCGGGGACGGGUACGACCGUGCGGAGCACAACCUCGCGGAGGCGUUGGCGGCGUAUAAGAGCCACGGCGGAUGCCGGGUCCCAGACGGCACAAACUUGGAGGCGCCAAAGGUGUUUGUCGUAUCGUGGCUCGACUACUGUGCCAAGUAUGGGAUGGGCUUUGCGAUGUGCGACGGGACGGUGUCGGUGCACUUCAACGACUCGUCGUCGCUUGCGCUCGCGCCGUCGAAGAAGCACAUCGAGUACGUGGACGAGCGGCGGCGGAGCGCGUUCGCGCUCGCGUCAGCCCCCGACUCGCUGGCCAACAAGCUCUACCUCCUGCGCAAGUUCGAGGGAUACAUGCUCUCGCGGCUGUGCGGGAACUACGAGUACACAUGGGAAGACGUGGGGCGCACACGCGACCUGGUCUACGUCGAGAAAUACCUACGCACAAAGAACGUCAUCCUCUUCCGCCUCUCGAACGGCAUCCUCCAGUUCAACUUCUAUGACCACACCAAGGUCAUCCUCGCCGCCGACGGCCUCUUCGUCACCAUCAUCGACAAGCACUACGCGAUGCACCGCUGGCCGCUGGCCGACAUGCUGCGCCCACAGGGCGCCACCGAGCGCGAGCGUGCCAAGCACGAGCGCUUCAUCUCCAAGCUCGAAUACGCGCGGUCCGUGCUCACGCGCAUGCGCGCGCACGGGGGCAUGGACGACGACGGCGAGCGGAAGAGCAAGGACAAGGGGAGGGAGAGGGAGAAGGCGCGCGAGCGCGACGCACGCCCCAUCCGUGGAUAACGGUUCAUUGUACAUUAGGCCAUGCAUUCUUAGAC